AUGAUCAGCACGAAGAGGCCGGCGAAGAGGGCGAAGGUCGAGGACUUGCUCCCAUUCGGCUUCCUCGACCCGCUCCCGGGGCCGGCCCCGGUCCCGGUCGCGACGGCGGCGGCGCGGUGCAGGCAGUUCUGGAAGGCCGGGGAUUACGACGGGCCGCCGCAGGCGGAGGAUUCCGCCUCCUCAUCCGCUGGCAUGGAUCAUGUAAGGGUUCAUCCGAAGUUUCUUCAUUCAAAUGCAACAAGCCACAAGUGGGCUCUUGGAGCUUUGGCUGAGCUUUUGGACAAUGCUCUUGAUGAGGUUUGCAAUGGAGCUACAUUUGUUAACGUAGAUACGCUGGAAAAUAAGAAGGGUAGGAGCAAAAUGUUGCUUGUUGAAGAUAAUGGAGGAGGGAUAAACCCUGAUAAAAUGCGACAAUGCAUGUCUUUGGGCUAUUCAACUAAGAGCAAAUCAACGAAUACUAUUGGACAAUAUGGAAAUGGCUUUAAGACAAGCACCAUGAGGCUCGGAGCGGAUGUGAUUGUUUUCUCCCGUUGCAGUGGAAAAGAUGGAGAAAGUCCUACUCAGAGCAUUGGAAUGUUGUCCUACACAUUCCUUACAUCUACUGGAAAAGAAGAUAUUGUAGUCCCCAUUGUUGAUUACGAAAGAAGAGAACAGGGAUGGAGUAUGCUAACGCGAACAAGUGCGGAAUCGUGGAGUAAUAACUUAGACACUAUAAUUCAAUGGUCUCCAUAUUCAAGUGAAGCUGAUCUUCUUCAGCAGUUCAAUUCGAUGACUGAUCAAGGAACUCGGAUAGUCAUAUACAAUCUUUGGGAGGAUGAUGAAGGAGAACUUGAACUCGACUUUGUUGCUGAUGAGCAUGACAUUCAAAUUAGAGGAGUCAACCGAGACGAAAAGAAAAUCGAAAUGGCCAAGAAGUUCCCUAAUUCCUGCCAUUUUCUAACCUACCGCCAUUCAUUAAGGAGCUAUGCAUCAAUUCUGUAUCUUCGGCUUCCUCCCAGUUUUAGAAUGAUCCUGCGCGGUAAAGAAAUCGAGCAUCACAACAUUAUCGAUGAUAUGAUGAUGAAAACCGAAGUCAUUUAUCGUCCCCAAACUUUUGCUUACGGGCCUUCGAAAGAUCCAAAUAUGUGUGUUGUUGUGAAUUUGGGCUUCGCGAAGGAUGCAAAAGAUCACAUUGAUAUUCAAGGAUUCAAUGUCUACCACAAAAAUAGGCUAAUAAAGCCUUUCUGGAGAGUUUGGAAUGCCGCGGGAAGUGGUGGGCGUGGAGUAAUAGGUGUUCUUGAGGCCAAUUUUAUCAAACCGGCUCAUGACAAGCAAGAUUUUGAGCGGACGACCGUGUUUACACGGCUUGAAGCUAGAUUAAAUUGGAUACAGAAAAAUUAUUGGAAAGACAAUUGCGAUCGAAUUGGUUAUGCUGCGAAGAGGAAGAAGUCGACAAACGAGCUAGACGACAGAGAAAGCCCAGAAAACUUGUCGUCUAAGAACAAUCCUAAUCAUAAUUGUUCUUCGCGAAAUGUGUCUCCUAAUAACGACGACAAAUUAAACGAUUUUGGCAAGUGCCAAAUACCCAAAAAGGUUUACUCGCAUUCGAAUUACCACAAUGUGGAGAAAUGUGGUGGUACUCGACAUAAAGAUUCUGCAGAUACCGCGGAAUCAGGAAAUGUUAGUCACAUUCCAUCUGCCAGGAGGAAGGAAUCGCAGAAUUUUACGAACGGAAACUAUGUUGAAGUAAAAAAUACAGAUAAUUGCAGAAUGGCAGAAGCUUGUACUUCAAAUGGAGGCACUCAAAUUGCCAAAAUUCCUCGCGGAUAUAAUGCGGAGGUACAAGACACCAAGAAUAUUAAAUUUAACGGAGAUGGCGCAAGCCGUACUGACUCUAGUCUGAGGAUUGAACAGUUAACUUCUCAGAAUGAAGCUUUGAAGAAUCGGAUAAAGGAAAUUGAGCAGUUAAGCAUGAAAGAGAGGGAUAGAACCAAAUUACUAGCUGCCAAAUUGGAAGAAGCAGAACAACUGGUGGAAAAGCUAACCAAGGAACAAGAGGCUCUUCUCGACAUAUUCGCCGAAGAACGCUGUCGGAGGGAUUCAGAGGAGGAAAGAUUGAGAAAGAAACUAGAGGAUGCUACUGCAGCCAUAAGAGAGUUGGUAAAAAAGAACUCCACAGUAUCCAAUGUGAAACUGGAACACUAGCUAGCUCCAAGAGAAGCAGCAGAGAAGUUUUUUUUUUCCCUUUUUUUUUUCCUUUUCUUUCUUAUGCAGAUUGGUUGCCUCAUCUAGCAGGUUUAUAGCAUUCGAAGAUCGAUAGAUGGUUAGGAAAUUAGUAAUUUUAAAGCGCAAGUGACGGUGCUCCUAAGAGCUUAAUCAUUUAUUAUUCUUUUCUCGCGGUGUAAUUUGUUGUUCAGAACUUCU